GAGCCCCCGCCCCGCCGCCGCCCCCGGGACCGGGCAGGGGGGGCCCAGCCCCGCCGCCGCCACCCCCGCCCCCAGCCCCUGCGGAUGUGGCGGAGCGGCCCGGCCGCCCCGCACCGGCCCCGGCACCGGCCCCGGGGGGCCCCGCUCCGCCGAGCCCCGCACCCCGCCCCGCUUCCCGCCCGGCGCUGAGCCCCCGCCGCAGAGCCCACCCCGGCACCAUGCAUUCCCUGGAGGAGCCCUUGGACCUCAAGCUGAGCAUCUCCAAGCUGCGAGCUGCCCGCGAGAAGCGGGGCCCCUCCGGCCCCCGACCCCGCGUUCCCCAGCGCCCGGACACCCCGCCGGCCGGGGAUGGCCGAGGGGGCAGCCGGGGGGGUCGCCGGGCCGUGCCAGCCUCGCCGUCGCCCGGGCUCCUGGGACACUCCAGGCUGGUGGAGCCGCGGGAUGGACGCUUCCCGGCCGCCGUGCCGGUGGUGGACCUCAGCCUCUCGCCCCGCUCCGGGGGGGAGUCUCCGGCUGGCAGUGCCUCGCUGUCCCCUGAGCGCCAGGGCAGCGGGGACCUGCCCGGCCCCCUCACCCCACACGAUUUCCAGUCCCUGCGCUACAUCGAUGGCCUCCCCAGCUCCUUCCAGUUCUUCCUGCCGCUGGGGGCCGGGGGGGCCCUGCACCUGCCCCCCGCUGCCUUCCUGCCCCCCAGCAAGGAGAAACGGCUCCCCCCCGAGCUGCCCCUGCCCAAGCAGCUCGUCUGCCGCUGGUCCAAGUGCAACCAGUUCUUCGACCUCCUGCAAGACCUGGUGGACCAUGUCAACGACUUCCACGUCAAACCUGAGAAGGACGCGGGGUACUGCUGCCACUGGGAGGGCUGUGCCCGCCAUGGCAGGGGCUUCAAUGCCAGGUACAAGAUGCUGAUCCACAUCCGGACGCACACCAACGAGAAGCCGCAUCGCUGCCCCACCUGCAACAAGAGCUUCUCCCGCCUGGAGAACCUGAAAAUCCACAACCGCUCGCACACAGGUGAGAAGCCCUACAUCUGCCCCUACGAAGGCUGCAACAAGCGUUACUCCAACUCCAGCGACCGCUUCAAGCACACCCGCACGCACUACGUGGAGAAGCCCUACUCCUGCAAGAUGCCGGGCUGCCACAAACGCUACACCGACCCCAGCUCCCUCCGCAAGCACAUCAAAGCCCACGGCCACUUUGUGUCCCCUGAGCACCCGGAGAUGCUCAAGGUCCACCCGCCUCCCAAAACGCCCCUGGGCUCGGCGGAGGUGCCCUACGUUAACGGGGCGCAGCUCGUCAUCCCCAACCCCGCCGCCCUCUUCGCUCCGCCGGGGCUGCCGGCGCUGCCCAUCCCUUUGGCACCGGCGCCGCUCGACCUCAGCGCCCUGGGCUGCGGGGCUGCGGGCGCGCUGCCCGCUCUGCCCGGCCCCGUCCUGCCCCUCAACGGCGGCCCCUUGAACUUGGCCAAGAGCCCGCUGCUGCCCUCGCCCUUCGCGGCGGGGCUGGGGCUGCCCGUCAUGUCGCUGCUGGCCGGCGGGGCCAAGGCCGAGGGGGAGAAGGGCAGCGGGGCCGAGGGGCGGCCGCCCAAGGCGGGCAAGGGGCUGGAGAGCCGGAAGGAGAGGGGCGAAAGGACGGAGCCGGGGCGGCCGCGGGUGCCCCCCGAGAGCCUGGCACUGCUGCCGGGGGCCGUGCUCGACCUCUCGGCCGGUGUCAGCUCGGGGGGCAGCCCCGAGGCGCUGCCCCCCGGCUGGGUGCUCAUUCCCCCCGGCUCCCUGCUGCUCAAGCCCGCCGCCGUCAACUGAGGGGCCCGACGAUGCCCGGGGUCAGCCGCCGGCCCCGUGGGCAGAUCCCGCUCCCUGGGGACGGGGGGCAUGGCCCUCUCCUCCCCCUGCAGCCCCGGCGGGGCCUCGUUCGUGCUUUUACCCGUCACGAAAGAAGAACGGACUCUUCUGAGAAAAGCAAUAAUCCCUCGGCGGCCGGAGCCGGCUGCGACCCCGUGCUGGGGGCAGGUUGGGCACGGGGGGGGGGGGCCCCCUGCCCCCCCCCCCCCCCCCCCCGGCCCUAGGCAGCCGGAUACGCCGCUAUUUAUUUCUCGACCAGCCCCCUGCUCCGACAGGGUCCCGCUCGGGCUCUCCUGCUUCCGCUGACUCGGCGUCUCCCUGCCGAGGCCUCGGUGCUGCUGUGGGGGGCUGCAGCCCCCAGGCUCCUGCCGCACGGACAGCGGGGUGACAGCCGGGGGACCACCCGCUCCGCAGCCCCGAGCCGUGCCCGGCCGUGCCAUCCCACCCCGCACGGCCGCGGGCAGUGCCGCAGCCACGGCACCCCGAGCCGGGCCCAGCUGGCUGGGCACUCGCCGGCCCGGCGUCCGCCCGCCUCCAACCCUCUCCCUCCCCGCUGCCGCCCCCGUCCCGCCGCCCCCCCGGCCCUCCCGUGACAAGGCACACGGCCGCGUGUGCUGCUCGCCGGGGCACAGCCCCGCUCUAGCUACGCUCAUACCUAACCACGCACCGCGAGCGCAUGCGGGCAGCGCGGGCACGGCCGGCAGCGGCUGCCGGGCACCCGCUCCUCGGGAUGCAGCGCUGGGAUGCUCCCGGGUGAGCCCCCGGCCGUGGGGCAGCGUGCCCAGCCUCAGCGCGGGCGGAGCUCGGAGCUCCCCACCCCCCCCAAUCCCGGGGGUCACACGCAUCCUGCUCGCUCCGAGCCACGGGGGUCUCCCCGGUGCCGCCUUCCCGUGCUGAAGGAGCCCCGCGUGCCCCGCAGGGAGCCGGUCUCCCUGCCCUCACCGGCGGCCGCCCGGCGCUGCCCUAGCCCAGCAUGGCCGCGGGCCCUCGACCAGGCCGCCCCGGCCGGUGAAACGUCUCCUCGCUCCUCAUCGGUUUGUUGUUGCACAUUCCAGGACAUCAGUAUUUUAACGGUCUCGAAGUGCCUUUCUAUCGUAGUUUCUGGGUUGUUUUUAUUUUCCUCCUGUUGGGCUCCAUCGCUGUUAGCGUAGCGUGUAAGGACUGCACAAGUACGAGAUAAGCUAACGACUGUAACACUAUAUUCGUCCAGGGGAGAGGAAGUUUAUUAAGAAAACAAUAAAGUGAAGUUGAAGUAA